UAAAAUAUUGCAUUCUGUGCAGAAUUCAAAUAGAUCUGAUAUGUUUUGUGGUUUGCGCCGACUCGCGCAUACGAUCCGCUCUGUGCUCUCGUGUCUCUGAACCGAAGCAGACUGUGCUCUUUAUUUGCGUCAAUGGAAAGCUUAUUUACACUGUCUGAACUGUUCCCUAUCCCCUAUAUAGUGCACUAUGUGCCAUUCACCAUCUAGAAAACAGUAAAUGUGUUAGCAAGUGACCAAUUUUAGCCGCAGCAUCAGCAUCUAUUUAUAAUGUAGGGGGAGGGACGCUUAGAUUCUAGAGAGCAUUUGAUUGGACAGAAAAUCUGAUGAGAAGAUGAAGUGCAGCGUGAUGUCGUCAAAAUCAUUGAUCCAUGUUGGCGCAAGUGAGAGACUGUAUUGAACGCUUUUAUCUUCUAAAUGCGCAUUUUGUCAUUGUUUUGGAGCACACUAGCUUAUUGAUAACCGUAAGGCUAAAAUAUUACAUAUCGACAUAACAUAUCGCGAGCACCCUUCUGAAACCUAAAAUGAUUAAUGGGACACCCUAGGGUCACGCGCACGCGGCAGCCAUUCCACAAGACUGAAAGAGCAUAGAAGUGUGGCAUUUGGGAUUCAGCCCAAGUUUUUCAUCGGUCAAGGUCUUGUAUCUGUCAGUCUGUGUGAGUCAAACGCAGGUAGUCGUGACUGCACGAGAGAGGGAGGAACGGAUUAUAACCGAGCAAAAAAUCGGUUCCUUUAUCACAUAAACAUAUGAAUCAUCACUGCAACAGAGCCCACUUCACCCGUAACAAUCGGGAAGGCGCUGACUCACGAACAGCUGCCUAAAAGCCCGAACAAUGAAGCGUCAUGAGGCGGCAGACGCGUGACGCAUUAAAGCACUGUAGUGGCAUCUGCUGGUGAGAAAGCGACUAUGCAUGUAUAAGGCUCGGAGAACCACAGCUAAGGAUUAAACAGACCGAGGGCCACAGCGUCACUUUUUCACUGUCGUCUCUCGUUUGCCUCAUUCAUCCAAGAUGAGAGGAUGAGAGUAGAGUCAUGGCUUCUUAUUCCCAGACCACAGGAGAGACGGAGAGGCCGGUUUCAGAGGGAGGAAGCCGAGAGGAGAGGUCUUCUCACCAACUGUCUCAGGAUCUGGUCGAGGAUGGCACUGAAUCUGGAGCUCUUGAGCUGGUCUCUGUCACAGAAGAGGACCUUCCCAUUGUCGAGACUCCCACUACUUUCAACGUGAGCUCCUUCAGCAGUCAAAACAGCCAUUCGAUUCACUUCUAUGACCCGAGCUCGCAGGACCCCCACGUCCCUGUCGAGUUGCCUACUGUGGCGUCAGCUCCACUGCCUGUGUAUAAAGCCCAUAACAUUCAGAUCCCACCCAGCCCAGGUGUGCCCAUCAUCAAGGUCCAGCCCUUCUUGGAUGGAGAGCACCUGUCAAACUUGAAAUCUUUGUGUUGGCCGUAUGUGUCUCGCAGAUUCCUGGCUCUGCUUAUCAUCUUGUGCUUGCUUAUAGCUUUGAUUCUGUCUCUAGGAAUAGGUUUGGGAGUGGGUCUGGAGAGCUGCUCAGGAAAGUUUCACUGCAUGUCGUCAGUUCAGUGUAUCAGCAGAAAAGCUGUGUGUGACGGAGUCGAGGACUGUAGAAAUGGAGAAGAUGAACUCAACUGUGUGCGUGUGAGUGGCAGAAGCUCUGUGCUGCAGGUGUUCAGCAGGGGCUCAUGGGGGACUGUGUGCUCUGAAGGCUGGGAUUCUCACCUGGGCUCCUUAGCCUGCAGACAACUGGGAUACAACAGCUAUGUGAACUCUACUGCCAUUCCCAUCUCCUCCAUUGAAGCAGUAUUUCAGAAUAAUCUAGUGGCUCUUAAUAUCAGCCAAACAGCCCUUCAAGACACCUUCAAGAUCCACAACUCUUCAUACAUUAGAAAGACUCACUGCAGUUCUGGUGUAGUGACUGCUGUCAAAUGUAUAGAGUGCGGUUCCAGGCCAGCUGUCCGCAGUCGUAUUGUGGGAGGAAAUGUGUCGAGGCCCGGGCAGGUCCCAUGGCAGGUCAGCCUACAUUACCAGAACCAGCAUGUCUGUGGAGGAUCAGUCAUCAGUGAGCGCUGGAUACUCACUGCUGCUCACUGUGUGUUUGGUUUUGCUCAGCCAGUGUCAUGGACAGUGCAUGCUGGGAUGAUAGACUUGCCAUUGAGUGGAUCUAAGGCUCUCUCUGUGGAGAAAAUCAUCUGCCAUGCCAACUUCAGGCCAGAAGGACUCAGCUAUGACAUAGCGCUAAUAAAGCUUAAACUACCUCUGUCCUUUAAUGACCAAAUAGCCCCCAUCUGUUUACCUAAUUACGGCGAGAGCUUUGAGGAUGGACAGAUGUGCUUGAUCUCAGGGUGGGGAGCCACAGUGUAUGAUGGAGAGACCAGUGUGUCCCUACAAGUCACUCAGGUCCCAUUACUGUCCAGAAGAGAAUGCCAGAGACUGGGUCUGACCUCAUGGAACAUCUGUGCAGGAUACUUGGAGGGUGUUGCUGGAGCAUGUCAGGGUGACAACGGAGGGCCGCUGGCCUGUCAGGGGUCCGGGUGGACAUUGGUGGGGACAGCCAGCUGGGCAGAAAACUGUGGACAAAAAAACAAAACAGGCGUUUACACCAGCAUAACUGAAGCUCUCACAUGGAUUCAGCAACAAAUGGAGAAAGAAGAGGAUCAACGUCGUUGAGCAUCUUGGACGAGCUUCUGCUGACUCACAUAUUUCCAUAUGCAACAUCUGACAUGACCUUAUCCAACAUGGCUUAUGAAGGAGAAUCAUGUAUAUAUAUAUAUAUAUAUAUAUAUAUAUAUAUAUAU